UAGAAGGAUUAACAAAUCGAAAACGAAAGCUCAGCUGCAAACAGCUAACAUCAAUUGCUUUGCUUGCUUCUCCCUCACUCCGCCAUGAAUCACCACCACCUUUCACACCCUCAAACCAAUUCCACACUUCCUUACUACACCCACCUUCCAUUUCCCAAACCCUCCAAAACCCUAGCUUUCUAGCCUCUUUCUCGGAAUCCAAACACUCCCAUCUCGACAUGCCUUCUUCUCCCAAAUCCUUCUAUGCUCGCCCUUCUUCUUCUUCUUCCUACUCUCGCAGAUCCACCGUCUUGAUCCUCUGUUUCCUGAUCGGACUCACCGGCUUCGUCUUCGGCUUCGUUGCGAUUUCGAGACAGCCUUUGGGAUAUAAAUGUAGAGACGGUAAACCUCAAUCUGUGUCGGUGGUUUGGGAGCGAAGCAGCGGUGGUGGAAAUGGGAAUGGAAAUGGUGAUCAGAAGAGGUACAAAGUUAUGGGAUUCGUUGGAAUUCAAACUGGGUUCGGGUCGGUUGAACGACGGCGAUCGUUGCGUCAGACUUGGAUGCCGUCGGAUCGGCAAGGGCUUCAACGCUUGGAAGAAGCCACCGGCCUAGCUAUCAGAUUUGUUAUUGGUAGAACCAGUGAUAAAUCAAAAAUGUCAAAGCUCAGAAAGGAGGUGGCGGAGUAUGAUGACUUCAUGCUGUUAGACAUUGAGGAGGAAUACAGUAAACUUCCAUACAAAACGUUGGCUUUCUUCAAAGCUGCCUAUGCACUUUUUGAUUCUGAGUUUUAUGUUAAAGCUGAUGACGAUAUAUAUUUGAGGCCAGAUCGCCUUUCACUACUUUUGGCAAAAGAGCGUUCACACUCUCAAACUUACCUCGGAUGCAUGAAAAAAGGUCCAGUUUUUACUGACCCUAAGCUCAAAUGGUAUGAGCCGCUAUCUUAUUUGCUUGGGAAGGAGUACUUUAUCCAUGCUUAUGGUCCAAUAUAUGCUCUUUCUGCUGAUGUUGUUUCAAGCUUGGUUGCUUUAAGAAACAACAGUUUCCGGAUGUUCAGCAAUGAGGAUGUUACAAUUGGUGCAUGGAUGCUUGCUAUGAAUGUCAACCACGAGGACAAUCGACAGCUGUGUCAGCCCGAAUGUGCUGCCUCAUCGAUUGCUGUUUGGGAUAUUCCAAAGUGUUCAGGACUCUGUAACCCAGAAAAAAGGAUGUUGGAACUUCAUCAGCAAGAGAGCUGUUCAAAUAGUCCAACUCUAGAAUCCGAUGAUUAACAUUCUUGCCUGUGUGUUAUCAUAUUCUUCCAUGCCUUUUUAACCCAGGGAAAAAGUCUUCGGAACUUCAUCAGAAAGAGAACUGCUCAGAGUUGUCCAACCCUAGAUUAUGAUGAUCAACAUUCUUGCCUCCAUGGUAUCAAAUUCAAUUUGUAAUCUUGAAAGGGGCUUUGGAUAAUGGCAUUGUUGUUUUAUGUUGACUCCACUGCUCCUGUGUAUUUUUGUAUCCCGGCCAUUUUUGUUUUUUCCCCAUUGAUUUAAACUGAGCUAGAAAUGUUUGUUUACAGAAUUUAGGAAUAGCUGUGUGGAGCAUGAGCUACCAUGUUGUACCAAAAAAUGUAUUUUUUUUUUUUUGAGAUUAAAUUUCAACUUAACAGAAAGUUCUGAAAUUUUUGCUUACUACAUUUUGAAAAGAUGGUUGAUCAA